AGGAGUCGCGAUAAGUAGGAAGAGAGAGAGGGAGCGCUACAACGAGCAUGUAGAGCUAUUCUUCUGCUUGGCUUCGUCCUCCCGGUUCCCCGAAGGUUUCGUUGUCGAGAUCUCCAGCCGGAAAACGAAGGCUUUUCCGGCGAAAGGGAUGGCGGAACCUGCCGGAGAGGCCGCCCUGCUCCAGGAGGCCUUCCGGCUGCUGGAAAGGGCGAGGGAGCUGCAGGAAUCGGCUGCCUCCCUCAUCUCCAGGGCCAAGAACGAGGAGCAGUCUCUCUGCCAAAAAGCGCAGGUCCUCGAAUCCGAAAUUCAGAGGCUCAGGCGCUCUGUCGCGGCCGCCGCUAAGAGCGGAGCCGUCGACGCCGCGACCGCUGACAAGCUGGAGGAAGAAAUCUACAAGGUCAAGUGUGUUAUGAGCGAUGGCGAUGUCUCUUCGUUUCUCCCUCACAAAGGCGAUGGUAGAUUUCUAAGGAUGUUUCUUGGGCCUAUUAAUGUACGGGCUGGCAGAAAGGAUGUUCAGUUGAAAGUGAAGGAGGAGUAUAAUAGUUAUCGAGACCGGACAGCCAUUUUGUUUCUGAUAUUUCCUUGCAUACUUCUCUUUCUAAGAAAUCGAAUGUGGAAUGGAUGCUUCUCAGCACUUCCAGUUCAGUUGUACCAGGCCUGGCUGUUAUAUCUAUAUGUUAGUUUGGCCUUGCGGGAGAAUAUUUUAAGGCUGAAUGGAAGUGAUAUUCGUCCUUGGUGGAUAUACCACCAUUAUUGUGCUAUGGCGAUGGCUCUUAUCAGUCUCACAUGGAAGAUAGAAGGUGAACCUGACUGCGCAAAGAAGCAGCGAGGAGUUCAGCUGUUUCUGGCAUGGGCAAUAAUGCAAGGUGUUGCAAUGCUUCUACAGAACAGAUAUCAACGCCAAAGGCUGUAUACCCGUAUUGCAUUGGGCAAGGCAAGGAGAAUGGAUGUUGUAUGGGGAGAAACUAGUGGUGUGCAAGGUCAACUAUGGAUUUUAUACCCUCUACUUUUUAUACUUCAGAUUUUUGAGGCAUAUGUUGGGCUAUUGCUGCUUCAGACUGCAUUUUCCGGUGUUGUUUCUGAGUGGCAAGUUGUCGUUUGUGGAAUUCUGCUGGUUGUCAUGGCAGUUGGAAACUUCAUAAACACAAUUCAAACCCUUAGGGAAAAGUCAAAGGUUAAAGCAAAGAUUAAGAGAAGCAAGAGCAAGCAGGAGAUUGACCAAUCCACAAGCCCCUCUGAACUGGGGAAAGCUUCCUAGUUUAUAAAGAAUGUGCUUCUAUUCAUGUUCAUGGUAAUCUUGUAGCUUUGGCUUUUUAAUGCGUCCAGUAAUUUUUUUUUGUUGUACAAAUUCCUUUUUCCAUUUCUUGCAAGGCUUCGGAACUAUGCUUGCAUCAGUCUUCGGCCUUUUGUCUUCAGUUUCUAAGCGAAGAUUUUUUUUUUUUCUCUGUCAAACCAACGGCUUCUUGUGUUGGGUCGGAUGGUUGGCUGGUUAGUUUGAGGGCGCUGGGGCAUGAAUGUUUAACAGCACCGAAGUGUUUCUUUCUCAUUACUUUUACUUUUUUGGACAACAGGGGCUCCACUUUUCAAGCUGCACUGGUUUAAACUUUAAACUGAUGUACAUACAGUUGUCCCUUAAAUGGAAUAAAAUUUUGGAGUGAUGGCAUUUUGAACUC